UAUUCAGAUCUAUGAUCAUACCCAUAUUCCUACGGCAUGAUUGAGAGAUGGCGCACAACGACUACACUCCUGUACAUAGCCGUGCUAUGGUCAUGUAUCUGCUGUGAUAAUGUUUGCCUGGCUGAUGGUUUCAAAAAUUUGGUCCGCGCAUUUCUCGACGCUCACAAGUUAUCGAACACUUCGUGCCCCAUCGAAUUACCUCUAAGGGUUGCUCAACAUAUUUCCGCUAAUCUGUCAUUGACUGCAACGCCGUCAGACUCAGCUCAUCCCAAAGCAAGCUCCGGAAAUUGCACUAAUAAUCUAACCGCGCCGGACUCGCUGAGAAAGGCCACAUCUGUGCUCAAAGCAGAAUCCCCGGAUGCAGAUUCAUCUGCAAAACAUACAGAAGGUGAAGAAUUGCACCAGCCAAUAGCUACCUUUGACGAAUGGACAAAGGAGAAAUUGAAACAGGAACUUAGGAAGGCUGUUCCACCUGCUGCAUCUUUGGAUACUGGCAUGCCAAGCACACAAACGCAACCGAUAGCACCAGCUGCUGCUACUACAAGAAACUACGCUAGCAGAGAGUGUGGAGCCAAAGUUUUACUCAGCAAUGCGGAAGCAGAAAACACGAAAGCCAUAUUAAACGAGAAAGAGAAAGAUGAGUAUAUGCGCAAUCCGUGUGAAAAAGCUGACAACAAGUUCGUUAUCGUGGAACUUUGCGAGACUAUACAGCCACGCAGCAUUGAAAUCGCAAACUACGAGCUGUUCUCAUCGGGCCCUAGAAAUAUAAGAUUGUGGUCAGCGGAAAGGUUCCCUAAUGGCGAAUGGCGGCUGCUUAGCGAUCUGACCGCAGCGGACUCUCGACAAAUCCAGCAAUUUCCUGUGCCUUUUACGGGCGCUUACGCCAAAUUCAUUAAGGUUGAGCUGUUAUCCCACUAUGGUAGCGAGCACUAUUGUACCUUGUCAGUUCUAAAGAUUCUUGGUAUAUCAAUGGUAGAUGAAUAUGAGGCAGAGGCUGAGGCAGCUUCUGUAGGGCACGUUCCUAACAGCUUAAAGGCUACUUCCGAUGGCCAAGAGAACAAUGUAACAAGCGAGGCUGUGGAGACUACAACUUCACCACACACUCAGUCUCAGCCUGAGUCUGGUACGAAAGCUUCUGAUGGCUCGGUCGUGGUCAAGCUUGCAGAGAACAAGGAAGAAAGUUCGGAUACAAAUCCUACCGUAAUAGACCUAGUUGACGAAGUAAGCGGUCAUUUGAUCAGUAAAUUCGUGGAUGUCGUCAAGGAUAAACUUGGACGGGGAACAGACAACAGCUCAAGAGCUAUGAAGGAAUGUGCUAUAGCAAGUCCAUUCAGCGCUUGCUUUUUUUGCCCCAAAGAUCGGUCGUACAUAUAUCCUCGUCAGUUUUGUAAAGCUUUUGUCUGGAGGUCAAAUGUUUCUACUCCAUCAAAGAGAAAUAAUACCCGACAUCCUGCGGUUGUGGCCCGAAGUGGAAUGUCGUCUCUGAGUCGUCUCCGAAGAUCCCGCUUUGCUUUUCUGCAACGCAAAUCAACGAGUUACCUCCAUCCUGACCCAUCUGUGACCGCCCAGCAACAAGUCGUUAUGUCAGACGCGGAGAAGCCUCAAGAUACUUCAAGCACCAAGGUGUCUACGUCUGAGGACCCACAGAAUCAAUCACAGCAACAUUCGAAACAACAGCUAUCUCAGACACCCUCUCAGAAUCCCCGCCCUUCUCAGCCACUUCUGUCGGACGUCCUUCCAGCUUCCUCAAUGAGUCACAAGGAGUCAGUUUUUAUGAAACUGAACAAAAGAAUUGCUGCUCUUGAAUUGAAUAUGUCGCUCUCCAGCGAAUAUCUCAGCGAGUUGAGUCGACAGUAUGUAGCGCAAACUGAUGAGCACCAAAAACAUCUGAAACAAGCAAAAAAAGUUGUGGAGGAUGCUGUGGAGGCGAUAUAUGCACGCGUGAACGAAACUCUUGCCGAUAAGAUAGCAGUCUUGCGAGAAGAAGUCAAUACGCUGUCUCGUUGGCUCUCUUCUAUGCGGAUCACUGCUUCAAAAGUGACUCUUAGCCGUUUGCGGAGUCAGGACAGAGAAAACGAGAAGUGCAUCUCACAAAACCAGCUUCAUCGCUAUUCACCUCCUGACGACGGACUGUGGACGACGGAACAAGUCGUUUACAUGGUGGUAACCACUCAGCUUGUAACCGUCCUCUUGCUUGCCACCCUCAACUUUUGUUACCAACGUUUUACUAUCGAGCAACCACUUUCUGAUGACCAGAGGUUACAGAUCGAAGAAUUGGUAAACGAAAGAGUGCUGGAGGCUUUUGAGAAAAACUCUUCAACCAUCCGGCGCCAAAUUACGCGGAUAUCUGCCUGGAGCAGGAGGAGUUCUCGCAAUGAUAAACGCUCAUUGAAUGGCGACGAGUGCGCAAGCAUCCUGCCCGAAAGCAGUUCAUCGUCUCGGUUGACCAACAGCGAUGAUUCGAGCACUGAGGAGGUUGCUGCAUCCGAUGCGUGUUCAACACUAUCGUCGGAGGUACCUGCGAUCGCAUCGGUCGCUUAAUUUGUUCAGCUAUCUCCAUCUGCAUCCUCCAUCAUCAUCACUCAUAAUCAUGUGCUUUUAUGUAUUAUCAGCAUCUCUUUGGGACCUCUCAGAAUUUGUACCAUAGUUUUUGCAUAACACUUUUAUGAUUUAAUCUAAAAUGGCUUAGGCUUCGUCCACUUAAGGCGAGCAGCGUGAAUCGUUUAUUGUAUUCGGCUUACUGUUCAAUGCGGAGCAUUACCAACGAUUAUCGCUAGAUCAUGUGUAAAGCCAUCGGGUCAAGCUUUUUUUUCGAUAUUUAAUGAGUUUUUUUUUCGUAGAUGUGGGGUAUUUCCAGUAGUUAGAAUUCUUUGAACGAAUGAGCUGGGCGCUCGCUCCUUUUUACACUUUUUGUUCCAUAGUGGGUGUCGCUGUGAAUUUAUGCAACAGAUGGUUAGGGUAGUUGUGGGUAACGCUCACUUUAGAAAGGGUAUAUUAGGUUGAAGUACGGUCAUUCUACACCCAGUUUGAUUAGCACUAGUUAUCACUAACUUGUGUGAAUCAGUGUAGCAAAUCCGAUUCGAGCUAGUCUAUCGUGUCAGCGUAGUGAUGUCUCAAAGUGUUCUUCUCUCAUAUUACUGGUCCUGCUUCUCGAAUCGGGUGCGUAUGACACUCAGUGCACAUCUUGUGUGUUUCAUCGCAUUGCGGGUUGUGAACUCAUAGUUUCUACUUGUGAUUUUUUUCGCGAUCUACCCGAGUGUCGAAUCUGUCACUCUCGUGUCUUCUUUUUCCAGUGAUAUAGAAGCAUGAUGCGUUGGUCGUUUGAUGCUGAUUUUUUUAUUUAUCUUUAUCAUGUAUGAUACUCUCUUGACCAAAAAAAAAACUCGGUUGUCGCUGUUUUCACUGAAGUCAGAAACACUCGAAUGAGUUUAGUCUUUACAAAGAGGUAAAUUUUCAAAGUGUGUAAAGAUAAUUUUCUCUCAUUUUGUAGUUCAAUGCACAAGCACAGAUAUCUCAGGCAAUGCUUCAUUUUAUGGAUUUAUUACACCGAAAAUGGAUACAUUA